AUGGGAAGUCAUUCUCAUCCAUCAGAGUAUAACUUUAUUGUACUUAUUGUUAUAGGUAUUCAAAUGAUAAAAUUGAGGGCUAAAGCAAUGCAGUAUGCAUCAGAGACAGUCUCAAGUGGUAUGUUGACUGUGUUCUGUGAUCAUCAAACUAAACUUCGUUCAGCGAUGGUGGCAGCCAGGGAGUACUGUAGAGCACGUAUGGAUAUAGAGGAACCUGUGUGUAAGGUGGCAAACUACUUGUGUACUGAUGUCAGAGUGGUCGCUGGUCAUGAGGAGGCAUUGGAUUUUCUGCAGCAGUAUGGAAAAGAAUGGGGCAUUUGCAGGACUAAGAGGUUACCAGUCUCCGGAGCAUUCCACACCAAUCUGAUGUAUGGUGGCCGACCGUUCUGGAAAUACUGGGAUGCCUGGGAUAAAGUUACACUGAAAGAACCAAAAUACAGAAUCCACUCAAACCUGGAUGGCAAGCAAUACCGGUAUGAAGAAGGUCAAGAUUCACUAAAAUACAUAUUAAGGAAGCAGAUGAUGAGACCUGUUGCUUGGGAACAGUUAAUGCAUAUACUGUAUACUCGGAAACAGGGAUCAAAUUUUCCAAAGACAUUUGAAGUCGGGCCGGGAAGACAGCUUGGGUACUUACUGCAAAAAACUAACUCAAAAGCUUUUGAAAAUUAUAAAAAUAUAGAAUGCUGAAAUAAACAUUCAUAUAGAUCUUUGUGAUUAGUUAUAAAAAGAUAAAAAGUCAUUGAUGGAGCAUUUGAGCAUGUCCACAUAGGUGGUCCUAUAUUUUAUUAUUUGUCUGAUUUGAUUAUGCAUGUUUUUACUGGAGUACUGUUAAAAAUAUGAAAUGAAUAAAAAUUUAAAAUCCUC